GUAGAAAGUGGAAAAAGCAGAGCAAGCGCAGGCAGAGAAAAAAAAAAGAAUAUGUACAAAAACGUUAAGAAGAAAAGAACAAGAACAUACAGAACAUGUCCGCCCAGGCACAGCCCACAGGAAGCCAACCCGAUGCUCGCUUGCAACUUCGAGUAUGCAAUUAUAAUGAAACGGGUGGUACAAAAGGUGUAAUCAAUGAGCCGGGGGAUAAAAGUGUAGAUACCGAAUGCCGGACGAGAGAAAGCCGCCGCCGCCAAACGUGGUAAACAUC